GGUGAUGGGAAAGGCUGGCAGUCUUGCAGGGCUAGAGGUAAACGGAUCAAGCAGCAAUUGGCAGGCUCAGCAAGAGGAGGCUUAGCUCAGCCUGGCAUAGAUUUUCUGCCUCUCCUGCCCCAGAUCCUCUGGGGUCUGGGCAGAGCUGCAGGUGCAGCAUUCUCGGGCACAUCACCCUUGCAUCGCUCCACGGGGUUUCAGCAACACCAUUACUGCUUGUCUGCACAUCCCGGCACACACCUGCACCUAAGCAAGACAAGAGCCUUCUCCACAGCGCUGCUGGGCUUGCACAAGGCUGGACGUGGAAACAGAAGGACACCAACGAUCUUUUGGGGCUGCCCUGGGGGCAACGGGAGAGCUGGUGAACCCUAUAUUCCCUGGGGAGCGUGCACCGCCGCUGCUGGCCUCUCACCAGCUGGAGACCCCUCCUUGCUACCAGCGGGCAGCAGGAUGCUGGGCUGGAUUGAGCGGGUGGUUCCCCAACCCCCAGUGCCCCAUCUGACGGAGGAGACACCCACAAAGCUGGUGCAGGACCCAGAGCCAGCUAAGGCACCAACGGGAAAGGCCAGUGGCUCUGGGGAUGCUGGUGACCAUGCACAAAUCGAGGAAAUUAAAAAGAAGGUGGGAUUUGCAGUCCCUGAGGAUCCAGGCUCUGUGUUUGAGAGUGUGGGGAGCAGUGUGCUCUCCUGGCUCUCCCAGGGGCUGGAGAAGGUGAUUCCCCAACCAGUCGCAGCCCCAGGGACACUACAGGCACUUGGGAAGAGCUUUGAGACAAGCAUCGACGUUCCUGAUCAGACAGAGGUCCAGAUCCUCAAGGAUGAGGAAGAGGAUGCUCUGGAGAUAACCCCCUUUGAUCUGGAGGAGGAAGAACUGGAUGACUGCGAGUCUAAGGCCGGCACAGAGGAGUGGUCUGGAGCACGGGUACUCAACUGGCUGAUGCAGGGCUUUGAGAGGAUGGUGCCUCAGCCUGAGGUGCUGAAAAAGCCAGAGCCGGAACGAAAAGAGCAGAAGAGUGAAGCCAUGGUGGGAGCAGCACAGAGCACCCAGAGAGCAGUGGAGCCGGUAGCAGCCGAGGGGCAGCCGGAACCAGUGACCACCCUCAUCCCUCGGUCCCUGGCUGGGGAUGGCAGCAGAGUGUUUGCCUGGUUGGUCCAGGGGCUGGAGAAGGUGAUGCCACAGCCAGUGACGAGGGAGAAGCAGGACACACAGGGAGUGGCCACAGCAAGCUCGAGUCCUGUGGAGGAAAUUUGUAUUGUCCCUACGGAACGCGAGGAGACCAGACUUGUCCUGGAAGAGAUCGAUGAUGACUGGAUUAAUGAAGCCACAUGCAAGAUGUUGGCCUGGGGUCGUGAAGAUGAGCUGGUGGCAAGUGCUCGUCCCCUUCCCACCAUACAGGAGGAACCUCAGGAAGAGGAAAACAGGUUGUGGUUGUGCGCCCUGAGCACUGCCAAGGAGGGGGAGGAGGAGGAGGAGCAGGAGGAGCAGGAGAAGCAGGAGCAGCAGGAGCAGGAGGAGCAGGAGCAGGAGCAGGAGGAGCAGGAGCAGGAGCAGAAAAAUGAAGAGGAGGAGAUGGAGGAGAGCGUAGGACCCUUGCUCCAGUCACCUUGUCUCGCUGUUGGUGAGGGUGUGGAUGAAGUCUACUUUGCAGAAGAGGCCCUCAGGUUUGAGCAGCUGGAAGAAGCUGAGAUAAAUGACCUCGAAGGUGCUUUUGUACAGGUGGAAGAGGAGACAACUGAAGCCGCUGAAACUGAUGCUGAAGGUAGUUACCCCACUGUGGACAUCAAGGAUAUGGACAGUAGAGGUGAUGCUGUGGAGGAUGAUGGUACCCACCUACCGGUGCCCACUGCUGGCGCUCCCAAUAUGCUGGCGGUGCCUGGGACGCCACUGGCAUCCCCCAGGCGGAAGCUGCUGGCCCCAUCCGAUGGUCUGGCCGAGGGACUGGUGAGCCAGUCACCCACCCGGACACUGCUGGGCUGGGACGAGGAGCAGAAGGAAAGCCUGCCUGAGCGCAUAGGUUCAGCCACAAGCCUCAACAUCAAUGCCCGGCUCCAAGAGCUGGUGAAGCUCUUCAAAGAGAGGACCGAGAAGGUGAAGGAGAAGCUGAUCGACCCUGAUGUCACCUCAGAUGAUGAGAGCCCUACGUCAUCACCCACCAAAGCAGCGCCUGCGGCAGCACCAGUACCUCCCCCCAAAGGGGAACCAGAGGAGGACAAGACAGCAGAGGAUGAGCACUACUGCGAGAUGCUGUGCUGCACGUUCAAGUGCCGGCCUUGGCUGGACCACCUGAAAAACUACCGGUUCCCCAGCAGCAUCGACCCGCUCACCAACCUGAUGUACGUGCUGUGGCUGUUCUUCGUUGUCAUGGCCUGGAACUGGAACUGCUGGCUGAUCCCUGUACGCUGGGCUUUCCCCUACCAGACGCCAGCAAAUAUCCACUGUUGGCUGCUCAUGGACUAUCUCUGCGACUUCAUCUAUCUUCUGGACAUCCUCGUCUUUCAGACCCGGCUGCAGUUUGUCCGGGGGGGAGACAUAAUAACUGAUAAGAAGGCCAUGAAAGAAAACUACCUGCGAUCACAACGCUUUAAGAUGGAUUUGUUAUGCCUCCUUCCCCUGGAUUUCUUAUACUUCAAAGUCGGUGUUAACCCACUCCUGCGUUUUCCUCGCUGUCUGAAGUACAUGGCCUUCUUCGAGUUCAACAACCGCCUGGAGGCUAUCAUGAGCAAGGCAUACAUCUACAGAGUGAUUCGGACCACUGCCUAUUUACUGUACAGCUUGCACGUGAACUCCUGCCUCUAUUACUGGGCAUCAGCCUACGAAGGACUGGGCUCUACCACCUGGGUCUAUGAUGGGGAAGGAAACAGCUACAUCCGCUGCUACUACUGGGCAGUCAAAACCCUCAUAACCAUCGGGGGCCUGCCAGACCCCAAGACGCUGUUUGAGAUCGUCUUUCAGCUGCUGAACUACUUCACAGGCGUCUUUGCUUUCUCCGUCAUGAUAGGGCAGAUGAGAGAUGUGGUCGGUGCUGCUACUGCAGGGCAAACUUACUAUCGGAGCUGCAUGGACAGUACCAUUAAAUACAUGAACUUCUACAAAAUCCCCAAACCUGUUCAGAACCGGGUGAAAACGUGGUACGAGUAUACGUGGCAUUCGCAAGGCAUGUUAGAUGAAUCAGAGCUGCUGGUGCAGCUGCCAGACAAGAUGAGGCUGGACAUUGCCAUCGACGUGAACUACAACAUCGUGAGCAAAGUGGCCCUCUUCCAGGGCUGCGACAGGCAGAUGAUCUUCGACAUGCUGAAGCGGCUCAGAUCAGUGGUCUACCUGCCUAAUGACUAUGUGUGUAAGAAGGGAGAAAUCGGCCGUGAGAUGUACAUUAUCCAGGCGGGACAAGUGCAGGUGCUGGGGGGACCCGACGGCAAAACUGUGCUGGUGACUCUGAAAGCCGGAUCCGUGUUUGGAGAAAUAAGUUUGCUGGCAGCAGGAGGGGGAAAUCGCCGAACAGCCAAUGUUGUAGCUCAUGGCUUCGCUAAUCUCUUCAUUUUGGAUAAGAAGGACUUGAAUGAGAUUUUGGUGCAUUAUCCGGAGUCUCAGAAGCUGCUGCGUAAAAAGGCCAAGAAAAUGCUGAAAAACAACAAUAAACCCAAAGAGGAGAAAGGAGUGCCCGGAGACUCGCUGAUCAUCCCCCCUAAACCUGACACCCCAAAGCUCUUCCAGGCUGCCCUGGCUGCCGCGGGGAAGAUGGGAGGCAAAGGGCCACUGGCACAGCUCCGGUGGAGACUGAAGGAGCUGAAGGCGAUGCAGGCGGCACAGGAUUCCAGCUUCAGUCCAACGCCACCAAAAUCCCCAGUGCACCGGAGAUCACCUGUCACCUCCCGCAAACCACACACCCACCUGGGAGAGGAGAUAUUUUCAAAAUCUUCUGAUAGUUUAGUCAGCUUUCAUGUGAUUCCUACAGCACAAGAAGAUGAAGAAAUCCUUGCUGCUGAGAUUUCGGAGAAGGAAGAAGAGAAAGAAGAGAAAUGAAAAACACACAGGUCUUGAGGCAGGAGUAGGAGUCAGGCAAAUGCCUGAGGUAGAAGCUUUUCGUUGUUAAUGAUUUCUACACAGUGGCUUGUAGGCUUCACUAAGUGCUGUGGGUAGGAUCUGCCUUUCUUUCCUGCCUAGACCUUCACCCAGUGUUGGUAAAACCCUUUCCCAUAUGCCCCAGAACCAUGCAAGGUUUCCGUGCUCUAGAGAUCUAUUUUUAUUAAGCAUCUUUAUGAAUAUUCCCACUUGCCAUCCCUCUUCCUUUGAAAUCCAGACUUACAGAGAUGGAGCCCCGGAGAAACUGCUUUUUAUGGCUCUGGAUGGUUAAUGAGCGUUCAGAUAAAGUGUGAAGAAAUAUUCACCUCUGACAGCUGAGUCACUGCUUGACCAGAAAGAACAAGGGAAAAAGAACAAGGUUUCUCUGUUGGGCUCAAGGUUGUCAGCAGCAGAAUGAUUCAUGCAAGAAGGAUGUGGACUAUGCUCACGAGCUGAGCACAGACCAAAUCACACUGUCACGAGGAGGCUGAGGUCUGUCCCAGUGCACAUAAACUGCAAGAUGCUUGAAAGUCCCUGUGUGGUGCCAAGAGCGCCUUGGGUUUGCUGCUGGGGAGAGGAGUUCUUGCCAGCCACCCGCUCCAGGGAGGUGGUGGGCUCUCCAUCACUGGUGGCUGUUAUGGAGAGAUUUGAUGAGGAGCUUUCAAGGAUGGAAAAGCACAAUCCUGGAGGAGAUGCUCAUGGAGAUCCCUUUCAACCCUGGCUUUCCAUGGGUACACCAACCUGCUGCUGCUGGAGGAAUAAAAGCUGUGCAGGAAUAGAGAAGCCGUGUUGGUUUCCAGCUAGGACGGGAAAAAGAAGUGAAGUGCUCUUCUCCCUCAGCCAGUGUUUCAGAGACAGGCCAAAGCCUGUAGUGCACAAACAAGGAUGCACAAGCAAGCAGG